AUGAUUAAAGCAAUUUUGGUAUUCAAUAAUCAUGGAAAACCACGUUUGUUGAAAUUUUAUGUUCAUUAUGGUGAAGAAGAACAACAACAUAUUAUACGCGAAACAUUCCAGUUGGUUUCGAAACGAGAUGAUAAUGUUUGCAAUUUCUUGGAAGGUGGCUCAUUAAUUGGUGGAUCUGAUUAUAAGUUGAUAUAUCGACAUUAUGCAACACUUUAUUUUGUAUUUUGUGUUGAUUCAUCGGAAAGCGAACUUGGCAUUCUUGAUCUUAUACAGGUAUUUGUUGAAACAUUGGAUCGAUGUUUCGAGAAUGUUUGUGAGCUGGACCUAAUCUUUCACGUCGAUAAAGUGCACCACAUACUCGAUGAACUAGUUAUGGGAGGAAUGGUGCUGGAAACAAAUAUGACCGAAAUUCUUUUACGGAUACAGGAACAGGAGAAGAUAGAAAAAGAAGAGGCUGGAAUUGCAGCAGCUCCAGCUCGUGCUGUUAGUGCUGUAAAAAGCAUGAAUAUAUCGCAACAUAUCAAAGAUUUCAAGCUUGCUGAUAUCAAUUUAUCAAAUAUAAAAAAACCGUUCUGA